AUGGAUUCGAGCAAAUCGUCGAAAUCGACAAAAUCGGUCAAGUCGACCAAAUCGACGAAAUCAACGAAGUCUCCCAACUCUACCCAUCUAUUCGCAAAAUACGGUAAAACAUGUCGACAUAAAGCAUCAUCAAAGUCGUCUUCGGAUUCGGAUUCGGAAAAAGCUAAGGAAAUCGACGAUUCGAAGGUAGAAAAUAAUGAAGAAAAACGAGUAAGCGACGAUGGUGAAAACGACGCCAACGACGAGGGCGCUGACGAAGAAACUGGUAAAGAGUAUAGAAAAAGUUCUUCUAAGCAAAACCUCGAUGACAUCGACUUGGCUGGCGCCGGUCGUAGUGGCGCUGAUUCCGAGGAAGAAGAAGAAGACGACGAGGAUAACGAAGACCAUGCAAUAAAGGGUAGCGACGAGAAAUACGCUUCGCAUGAAAACGAAGAAGGCGAAGCUGGAGUAGAUGGCGACGAUGAAGCAGCUACCGGAGGAGACGACGAGUCUAAAGAGCCCGGCGAGGAAGGUCAAGACGAUACUUACGAAGACACCGAAAUGGCCGGAGAAGAUACAGCGGCCGACGAACUGUAUAAGGGCAAAAAACGCAAAACAGUUAAACCAGUUAUGGAAUACGAUGUACAAGAUAUGUACCCGGAAAUAAACAUCUUGAUCCAGAAGAAAAAAAGGGAAUGGGAUUUUCAAGAUCCGGAUAUAAUUCGCGCUCUAUGGCUGGAAACAAAAACGCUCGCUUUGGCCGAAUGGAAAGUUAGAAAUGCUAAAAUUAAAAUCGAUAAACCGUCCUUAGAAGCUAGAGACAACAUGACGGCGAAUUUGCGACUGGAAUUCUUGAAACAUAAAGCUGAACUUCAACAAGCUUUAGAAGAGCGUAACUUCGAAAUGACCGAAGCGUCUCGAGAUCCUCCUCAUUUUGACGCCAUCCAGCUCGCUACCAAUCUAACAACUGAUAUGCGCUACAAAUAUAAUCGCAAUAAUCCUCCCGUACCGAGUCAUUAUAUCGAGCAUUUUGAGAAAUUCAAGAAACCGCCGUUUAAAAAUAACCCGAACUCGUUUUCUUGUAAAAACUGUUAG